AAACUGCACAAGGGGCGUCAUGUUAACUAGAGCUGGCACUGUCUGACUGGCAUCAAUAGUGGAAAAGAAAUCACGUUAAACUUUUAAUAUGGUGACGUUAGCAUUUAGCAUCACCAAAUAUACAGUAUGAAACUAAAGGCCUGGCGCAGGGUAGAGUUUUAAACUGAGAUUGUUUUAUGUUGACUGUGUUUUAGUUAUUUAUGUGUUUUGUAACGUUAGUUAGCUAUAGGGCCCAUGAUGAACUAGGUUGAAAAAAUAAUCAAAGAGAAAAACACUCCUACAGACACAGAAUCAAGCAGCCUUUCACUUUUUAUCAGCAGGCAAUAAUACAACUUCUGAGUUUGGCAUUUAACCAAAUGUACCAGUCAGGAGGUUUUGUCAAGUUUUAUGCUGUUAAGCUCUGAAUGUAGAUUCACACCCAAGUGAAACAUAAUUAUAAUAAGCCAAGAAAAAGGAAGAAAGAGGAAAGAGCUCAAUUUACUUUUGACUUUCACUGAGCCAUCAGUAGUGACUGUUAGACAUAGUUUGGGUGAUGUGAGAACAGAAUAAGAUAAGGAAUUUGCAUAUUCUGCCUGAAAUGGUCUGAAACCCAGAGCAGGAAAAACAUCCUGGUAGUAAGUGGAUGGAGCGUUUCAAAGAGAUUAAAUGCGCUGCGGAGACUUUAGGAGCAGGUUUCACCAUGUCUGUCUACAGAACAGAUUGGACCCUCGUAUGUUUGCUCAUCAUUGUGAUGGUGGGAGCGGAGGUGCAGGAAACCAUCUCACCGGAGUGUAAGCAGUUCUUGUACAUGGGGACGCCGCCGAGAGGGCUCGAGGAGCAGCAGUUAAAGAAGAUCUGCCAAUUCUACGCAGGCAAGCCUAGAUUCAUCACCCUGUAUGACAGCAUCAACCACAUCCCCGUUUAUUCUGCGUACACCUUCAAGCGCUCCGAUGGUUUCAAGAAGGUUGACGUGCCAUGGAUGUAUGAGCCACAGCUCUCCACGGUGUCAGGCCCCAGAGAGAUGGAGCAGUUCCCCGCAGCAAACGUCCAUAACAUCUUUGAGGACUCCCAGGCCGUUCUCGACGACUACUCCAACACUGUGAUCUUUGAACGUGGUCAGCUGAACCCCGACGAGCACCAGGCCCACCUGGACGACAAAGCGGCCACCUACACUCUGACCAACGUGGUCCCCCAAGUCCGAGAGUUCAACAUCGGCCCAUGGAAAAACUACGAGCACACCAUCCGCCAGAGGCUCAACAACUACUGCCACGGAAUGGCCUUCGUGGUGACCGGGGUCACCACAUCGGGCCACAUGAUCCGCCGCCUCAACGUCAACCGCCUGGCCAUCCCCACAUACCUGUGGUCGGCCUACUGCUGCGCCGACUUUGACCGCAACGCUCCGUAUUCAGAGCGCUCCAAGUUCCCGGCGUUCGCGGCUUACGGGCUCAACGACAGGGAGAAGAACGAAGUCCAGGAAAUGACGGUGCAGCAGCUGGAGGACUUCCUGAAGAGGGUAACUUAUGUCAGCAGCACCUUCCAGAUCUUCUACGAUAACUGUGUACCGACUAACAGUGCAGACAGCUCACGUUUAGAGUAAACAGGGAGAAAAAGAGUUGAUUCAAUUAAAUCGCAGUUAUGCCAGCUAAAGAAAACUGGAGGAAGUACUUUGUUGUGGUUAAAAUAAAGAUUUUGCUUUUAAGAAAAAAUAUAUUUGAAGUUGCAAAUGUUUUUUUCCUCUCAAAUUCACUUUAUGCUGUUUUAUUUUUUACAGUGCACCCCUUUAAUCUAACUUAUUUUCAGUACCCCUUUAAGGAUGUGAUUGAAAACUAUAAAAAUGUGUGACUUCCUAAUAUUUAUUAAUUGCUACAAAUUAAAAAUGGGAAAGUUUUGCAUUACGACUCAGUCUGCUGUAGGAUUAUAUACAAAUGUGCCAUAAACUCACAGCCUGAGUGGUUGUACUCUACCUUAUCAGGGAUUUUUUUUUUUUGUGAACUGAUCUGCCUCUAUAGCCCUUUUGUUCAACAGACAGAUUAGACCAGAGUUUUACAUUUAUUCAGCCUCCCUGCAGCUCUGCUCGGAAAAUUACUCAUCUCACUUUAGAUCACCCCAGUAAUCUGUUUUUCAUUUUCUGUUUGAUUGUUCAGACUUUAAAAGUUUUAUUUACAUUUGGAUAAGCGAUCCUGGCAUUAUGUCAACUACUACUGAAAAUUUAAAUAAAGUGGAGAGCAAAAUUGU